CGGUCGCGCGCCACCACGGCGUUCGUAUCGCGUACUCGCGUCACGAAAAUGGAUUGUGCUCUGUGUAACAUGUGCUUCUGAGAUUUGGUGAAUAUUUUUGUGACGGACCCGUUGUGUGCAAAAGCAUGAUGCCUCUCGCACCGACCCCUGUGGUGGCGGUGCCAUCGAAGCCAAAAAUAGGAUUCAGUAUAGACAGUAUAGUUGGCGGCUCAGAGAGACCUAAACAUGCGUCGCCGCCACUUGCGAGUCCUGGCUCUCCAUCCCCGGUUGCCUCCCCUAGAAGUCCAUCUCCACGCCCUUUGCUACGGCCCAGUGCAUUACCUGCAGUUUUUCCAGCUCCUGACCUGAAGAGGUUGCCAUACUUAGAUGCUCAAAGCCAUCAUCAUCAGUUCCUUGCGCACUUUCAAGGCGCGGCGUUAGCGGCUGCACUUGCUCAUCAGCAGCAAGGGUUUGGAGGUCCUAUCCCACCACACCCCCCACCUCACCCUGCCGCACCGGUACCAAGGGAGUCCUAUCAACUAUAUCCAUGGCUAAUCAAUAGGCAUGGAAGAAUAUUUCCACACAGGUUUCCUGGAGGUCCAGACAUACCGGGAUUCCUCUUGCAACCGUUUAGAAAGCCGAAGAGGAUCAGAACAGCCUUCUCUCCUUCACAACUCCUCAAAUUGGAGCACGCCUUCGAGAAAAAUCAUUACGUGGUCGGCGCGGAGAGAAAACAGCUAGCACAGGCAUUAAGUCUUACAGAAACGCAGGUAAAAGUAUGGUUUCAAAAUAGAAGAACGAAACAUAAAAGAAUGCAGCAAGAAGAAGAAGCCAAGACCGGUUCCAAAUCGGGAUCCUCUAGUUCUAAGCCUGACGAUGGUAACCAAUUUAAUAACUCCUAUGAAGAAGAAGACGAAGAAUUAAUAGAUAUGGACAUGGAUGAACUAAGUGAAAGUGAAAAUGAAACAUAAUUAUAGUGAUACAGACUGGACAAAAGUGAUGUAAAUGUACAUAUAAUUAAAUUAGCAAUAUCAUUUAUUUAUUUGGGAUUACUUUUUUGCCACGUUUCUUAUUUGGUUAAAAACUGUGUGACAGAAAGGCAUAGCUUUCAUUAAAUUAAUUUGUAUAGUUAUAUGCGAAAUUACAUUAACAAAACAUAUUUGUUUCAAAAUGCAACAAAAUUCAAGCUGUAAAUCAAAUGACUCCAAUUUAAAAAAUAUUAUUAUCGAGUGAUCAAUAUCAAUUUAAAAACGUAGCAACCAUGUCAUUAAAUUAACGGACCACAUUUCAAAAUGGCGUCACGAGAUCUUGUUAGCGCUUCACGAAUUAUUAGAUAACGAAAUUGGCCACAUUAUAAUAGUUUUGGGGCUAAAUUAAUUACGAAUGAAUUUUUUAAGACGCCCCUCCAAUGAUGUGGGUAUAAUUAGACAUUUAGAUUUAAAAAUUUGAUAGGCGGGGCUGUUGCAUUUAAACGAGCACUUCGGCUGUCAACUUUAGAAGAGCAACGAUUUACAUUAUAACAAUGCGUUAGAGUGAGUACGGUAACAUUUAUGGAGAUAAGGGUCGAUUGUACAAUCGAAUGGAAUAUGUUAUAAUUCAGUAUAGGUUUAAUCCUGUAGAGCUUUUGUUUUACUUCAAAUUUUUGCAUUUUGUUAAUAAAAAUCUUAGUUUUAUUAAUUGACUAUUUGUCUGAAGAAAUUUUUUAAUCUAGAGUGCUUUGUACUUGCAUUUAUAACAAGGUACUAUGUAUAAAUUCUUUUAAAUAAUAUUUUGUGUUAUAAUAAUAGUUCUAUAAUCGUUUUAUUAAAUUUAUAGUAAGUUUUGAAACGUGUUAUUAUCUUAUAGAGAAAAAUUAAAUCGAGUAAUUAUAUUUUGUAUGUGAGCAUACCUCGCUUUAAGAUACGUUCCAAAAUGUAGUACCUAUCAUGGGCCCAGAUCGCAUUCAGUAAUUGCCCGCGACGGCUCCAAAUUGUUUUAAACUGUUGACGAUCGUUCUCAACGGCUAUUUGUCUAUGGUUUCUGAUUUUGUGAUUAAAAUCUAUCUGAGGUCGGAUUGGUGCUUUCACACUAAACGUCACGCUUCGCAGUGUUCUGUACAAUUAUAACGCUGUUAUUACCUAUUAUUCAGAUUUUCUAAUAUUUCCUUUGCAUAUUGUUGUAACACGGUCAUGAAAAAAUUAAACCAUCGGAUAAUUAUUUAUUAAUAAUAAUUUGAAUAUUUUAGCAUAAACCUAAUUUAAUAUAAAUGCUUAUACUAAAAGUUUAUAUUAAUAUUUUCCUUCAUUUUUAAUCAUGUUUUUGAUUUGAAAUUGAUUUGAAAUAAUAAAAAUUGCUUAGUUUCCAUUGUUAGGUCAAUAUGUAAUUAAAAUAUUAAUGAGCAAAUAUGGUUUUCAAAUCGGAAUUUAAUAAUUGAGUAUCAUUCUAUGCAUGAAAUAAAAGUAAAAGGAUUCCACGUAAAAUAAAAAGCAUCUAAAAUCAGUAAUGCCUCUCCAUAUUAUGUUCCCGUACUUAAUAUUAAGCCGUUACAAUACCGUUCGACACGCUCACAUAUUAUUCGAUUAAUUGAUUUAUUUCAUCAUUUAGUGUAGCUACCGAAUUGUGAAUCUUAAAUUUUAUUUUAACAUCGAAUUAAUAUUUUUAAAUAUUUAUUAAAUACUUAAAGAAUAAGUUGAAACGUACAUUUCGUAUAUAGUAAAUUCAUAUAUAGUAAAAUAAAAGCUUAGAUUUGGUGUGGUAAAAUGACAUAUCAUGAUCACGGCAAUGACAUUAGAACAUCUUAGGUACUCGAUGAUUACAAGGACAAGAGGUAGUUUCCAAUAAGUUGUUUUUGGUUCUAUCAAGCAUUGAUGGCUAUAAAAUAAUUACGAUUGUCUUUAUGAUAGUCGUCAAUGUGGCUUAUAGCUGUACAGGCACGUAUGGGAACGUUCCAUAAGAUAGCAAAGGAGAUAGGAGUUAAAGUUAGGAGUGCUCAAUAGAGUGAGACGGUAUUUCAUGCCGGAACACCGCCUGAAAUUAUAUAAAGUUCAAGUCAAGCCGCAUAUGGAAUAUUGUUCUCACCUAUGGGCAGGAGCGCCACAGUAUCAGCUCUUUUCGUUAGAUCGCAUUCAAAGUCGGCCGCUCGAAUUAUUGAAGGUCAGCGGCUUUCUGUCCGACUCGACCCACUCAAACUGCGCAGAGAUGUUGCAUCUCUGUGCAUCUUCUACCGGCCGGCAGCACACCUGCAAUGCCGUUGAUGUUGUGAAUAAUCAUGGGCGGCGGUAGGCACUUACCAUCAGGUGAGCCGCAUGCUCGUUUGCCCCCUGUGUUGUAAAAAAAUAAAGAUAGGCCUAUGUUCAGUACUAGUCAAUUAACAGUUGAACUUAAGAUGAUGUAUCGUAUUUGAUGAAACUAAUAAACAAUAGUAUUGUUUCAGAUGGAAAUAUAACUAUUGACAAUACUAUAAUUAUUUAAUUUAUAUUUGUAUCAUAUGUUCAAACUUAAUAAAGACAAAAAUAUAAUACCAGUGACUAAAAAAUUUAGUAAAUAGCAAAGUACUCGAAAUGUUGAACUCAAGCCGAACCCUUUAAAAUGCGAUUAUAAGGCUAAUUUGUAUUUUGAUUUUCCGUCUUUUGUUCGAUUGAUUUACGAUUACGAGUAUCGAAUUCCAGUGGUAUCGAUUUACAGAGGGCAUCGAUUUAAAAACAACGUAUUUAGUUAUUGCCCGUUCGGUAACAACAUGUUUGCGAAAAAUACCUAUCUAUAUGUUUUAUAGUUAUGCAGUUUUUUAUAUCACAGUAAGUGACACAUUAAAUUUUUAAUAUUUUUAUUGAGAAUUGUACAGUCUAAGACUACAGUGUUUUAAAAUGGUACUAAAAGCGUGCCUAAAUUUGUGCCAAAAUGUUUAUUUUUUCUUAUUAAAGUCUUCUUAGAAAAAUAGUGUAAUUCAUUAUUUUAUAUUUUAUUAUAGCAAUUAACUGAAUAUCUAAUUAUUCGUGCAUGUUUUAAAGAGAUAUUUUAUAAAUAAAAUAUACACCGGUAUACAUAAACUAUUUAAGAGAAUUUUAAUUGCAUGUUACGAUAACAAAAAGAGAAAAUUGUUGCCUUUAUCAUGGCAGUAUAAGUCUAGAUUCCAUUUUCAGCUCAAUUAACUGCCAGUCGCUUUUAAUUAUCGAUUUUCUUCAUUAAGUGUUUGCGAUUAGCGAGCAUGUCGAUACUUUACGAUGUAUUCUUCGAUGAAGUUGGAUUUUAAUUACUGGACUUUUGAUUACUUCUAAUUCGUUGAUAAUGCGACAAUAUGAGUUAUUGGAGUCAUUGGAUUUGUAUUGAUAACAAAUUUAAUUGUUAUUUUAUGCUGGUGCAUUAUGUGGUUUUCUCUUUGUAUGCAACAUAUUAUGAAAAUCAAAUUAAGAUUGUGUUAAUAUUAAAAAAGUACUUUCAGCAAGCUACUUAAUUAUACUUUUUUUAACUAUAUGUAUAUAAAAUCAAAGAAAAAAAUAUUUCUAUACAAUUUUUUUAUUAUAUUCUACUUUAUAUUUUAGUUACAUUAAUUGUAAUAGGUCACUGCAUAGCACACGGCAUAAAAUUAUAAUAGAUUUUUUUGCGGACUUAAUUUAUAUUUUAAGCUGUAUGUUUUUGUUUAAAAAUUAAUACCUAUUUUAUACAGUCUGAAAAUUUGUAACAAAAUGGUGUAUGAAUAUAAAUAUAUAAUAUCUACUUAUCAUCAAUAUUGUGUCCAGAACAAUUGAGUAGUUUUUAUAUAUUUAACUAUUAUGGAAAAUUUUCAGGUUGUAUAAUCCCAGUGUUUGUACAAAAAUGUACCCUAAGAAUGACGUCGGAUAUAAUUACUGUAUAUCAAAUUUCAUAUAGUAAUGUUAAAGAUUCGCUCAAUUUAACGUAGUUUUAUUAAGUCAGUUCCUUUAGAAUAAAAAAGUGAGUUAAUCACAUAACGAUAUAUAAUUAUGCAGUAUUAUAUACGAUAUAACGAUCCAUAUUUUGUAAUUUAGCUGCGAUUAUAAUCAAGGUAAUGAAUUACAUGGAAUGUUAAGAAAUAUUUUAUUUUUAUUCCUUAAAAAAGAUCCUUUCGUAAAACUCAUCUGGUAAUGUGCAGAAUAUUUUACAAGGUUUCCAAAGCAAUAAGUGAAAAACACAUUUUUUUUAUAUAUUCAGAAUUCUAAUAUUUGAUUGAUUAAACCAACAGUUAUGAGUUUUCCUUUAUGUAAUAUUUCUUAGGAAGUUAUAUUUAUGAUUAAAAACAAAACAUUUUUAUUUAAUGUAAUGUAAAUAAAAACUAUUUAUUUCUCAACUCGUACUUAAACAAGUUAAGGAACUCCAUCUUUUGAUGUAUUGUAAAUUUAAAAAAAAAUGUUCCUUCUUCGUGGGUUUUGUAUGCCAUUGAUUAACAGGUUGUAAAUAUUUACUUUAUAAAUAUAAAAUAUACUAUAAAGUAACUAGUGUUUAAAAAUAAAAUUGUACAUUUUAAUAUAGUGUUUAACUGUUUAGUGGCAGUGUAAAUAUGAGUGUGUUAGAGUACAUAGUCUAUGUAUUAAGUAUAUUUGUGUGUAUAUUCGGCUAUUACACUUCUCCCCAUGACUGUACGCAGUGAGCUCUUGUUUCGUUAACAUCGUACGAAAGUGUAGUUACUUAAAAGACGAGUGAUAUAAAAUAUAUGUUUUUACUCAUUUAAUAA